AUGACGUUCGCUUCGCAUUACCACAUGUCCGGCACGUUUCACGACGGCGUCCACCCGGGCCUGUUCCGGCCGCCCGUGUCGCCCAGCUCCAGCACCGACUAUCUCUCGUCGUCGACCUAUGCGACCGAGUCCUCCAAGCGGAAAUGGAGCCGCAGCAAUGGCAUGCAGACUGGCAGCUUCUUUGAGGAUGUCUACAUGGACAGCGCCCCGAGAAACUAUGCCCUCGCCGGCCAGCUUCACUCUCCCGUCAUCGGCUCCAACCUAGACGACGCCGACGCCGCCAUGGGCGAGAGCAUGUACUCCGACUCCGACUACAGACGAGCCCUCGGCACGAAGCGAUCGCGAGACGAAGGAGACGACGAUUCCAGCGGCGGGCCGACGCCGCUCUUCACCCAGCCCGAACCCGAACAGUCUACACAAUCUGGAAGCUGGGGAUCAUUUGCCUUUUCCACCAUCGGAGGCGUCGUUGGCCGUGUGUGGGAGUUUUGCAAGGCGGGUGCCUUCAAGGGCUUUUACGCAGGAGGAGGCACGUCAUAUAAGAUGACGAGUGCAGGCGUCAGCGUGGACGAGACGGGAUCCAACAGCGAUCAGACAGGACGGCGUCUACAUAGACAACUCCCUAAACGGGACCACUACAGCAACAACAACCAGAAUGCUGGCUACGACUCUUCAUACGACAGCGGUGCAUCAACACCUACUGGUCCGGCGCCCAAGAGACGCAGGCAUACAGAGAACGGAGGCGAGCUGGGCAAGAACUGGGUCAUGAUUCAUGAGCCCGAAGCUGAGACAAGGACACCCCGAAGAAUGCCCUCCUCAGCUCUCCCAUCGCCGCGCCAUCGUACCCAGCAGACGCCUGUGACCGACCGCCGCAUGAGCUCUGCAAGCAGCUUCUCUACUCCCACAACCUCCAACGCUGCUCCUCUUCGCCCUGCCAGUCGUGCUGCAGGCCGUCCGGGUAGUCGGAUGUCUGAUGCCAGCUCCCUCAGGCCCCUGCAGUCGGCAUCAGCGGCUUCGUUUGCCUCCUUCAAAGCGCCCAGCGCGCCCAAGCCGCCUACCCCUUCCCAUACCCCAAGCAGGAUCCCUCAGGGCCGGAGGCGCCGACACACAGUCGUGCCGUCGUCUUCCGAUCCGUCGGCCUCGUCUGGGCAUCGCCGCCGCGGCAGCAUAGCCUCAGUGGCUACCAGUAGGGUCAAUGAGAUUGACGCCAGCCCGCGACUCGACGCUGAAGCCAGGAAGCUGGCCGCUCGCCGCCAAAUGGAGGAGCGCGACAACGACGAGCGCAUGUCGGCCUUUAACAAACAACUACAAGACAUGAUUCGACAGGGUAGAGAGGCCCUAGGGACGACCAUUGAGGUUGAUGGCAGUUGGGAAGACAUUUCCUAA